UAACGUUUAUUUAUUUUUGAGACAGAGAGAGACAGAGCAUGAACGGGGGAGGGUCAGAGAGAGAGGGAGACACAGAAUCUGAAACAGGCUCCAGGCUCUGAGCCAUCAGCCCAGAGCCUGACACGGGGCUCGAACUCACGGACCGCGAGAUCAUGACCUGAGCCGAAGUCGGACACCCAACCGACUGAGCCACCCAGGUGCCCCAUAGAACAGAGCUAUUUUACAAGCUCCAUGGGAUAUAUAGUUCUCCACUGUAAACCUUUGCCUGUCUUGAUCACUGACUUAAUCGGCAGACAUAGUUCUGAAGGACUUUCGACUGUUUCCAGAAAUUAGAUACGUCUUCCUUACCAUGUUCAAGAUUUUGCACAAGAAUGUGCCCUAGGUUGUUGCUGAAGCACUGGCUGAGAAUACCGGGUACUGUGGCAGGCGAGGAGGGUGCCAGGAAAGGAUGGCGGAGUUCCUGAGUCAGCCUUCUCCAUGACAGUUGUUUCGGUGUGUGGCCCUUCCUGUGCACCCAGGAGGCUCCUGUGACCUUUGAUGACAUCACUGUAUACUUGCUUCAGGGGGAAUGGAUGCUGCUGAGUCAGCAACAGAAGGAGAUCUGUGGUUCCGACAAGCUGGUGGCACCACUAGGACCAACUAUUGCCAACCCAGAACUGUUCUACAAGUUUGAGCGAGGGCCAGAGCCAUGGGUGGGCAGUGCCCAGGGCCAGAGGAAUGUCCUGAGCCACCAUCCAGGGAAAAACCAGAUGGGCUGCGUGGAAGAAGGGGACGGGCAGAGUCUGGCCGCAGAAGCCGGACCGUACCUGCCGCCUCAGAAGAAAGCCUGUCUUUCCCACUUCAGCACGGAGCGUGGCAACACUGAGGGAGACUGUACAGGAAAGAGCAAAAAACCCUUGAAACCCCGGUCUAUCCAGAAGUCUUGGUUUGUGCAGUUCCCGUGGUUGGUCAUGAACGAGGAGCAGACGGCUCUCUUCUGCUCUGCCUGCCGAGAAUACCCGUCUGUCAGGGACAAACGGUCAAGAUUAAUCGAAGGUUACACAGGACCAUUCAAGGUAGAGACGCUCAAAUACCACGCCAAGAGCAAAGCUCACCUGUUCUGCGUCAAUGCCUUGGCAGCACGGGACCCCAUCUGGGCAGCCCGUCUCCAGAGCAUCCGAGAUGAAUCCGGAGAUGUUCUGGCCAGCCCAGAGCACCUCUUCACGGCAGAUUAUCCCAUAUUGUACCCCCCAGGGCCUCUGGGAGCCUAUGAGAACAUGGCCCAGCUCCUGCCCGGCUCCAGAGCUGAACUGGAGGACCCGAGAGAGGAUGGAACAAUUCCUGCAUUGUAUCUCGACUGCAUUUCUGAAUUGAGGCAAAAAGAAAUUGCUGAUGGUAUCUACAGCGCCUCAAAUGUUAACAUUUUGUGUAAUGACGCUGCCGAACCCUGCGGCCAGGAUCCUUCUGAAGAGGGGCUGUUUGAGGAGGUUCCUGUGGUGUUUGAGGAGCUCCCGGUGGUGUUUGAGGAUGUGGCGGUGUAUUUCACCCGGGAGGAGUGGGGCAUGCUAGUCAAGCGGCAGAAGGAGCUGUACAGAGACGUGAUGCGGAUGAAUUAUGAGCUGUUGGCUUCCCUGGGGCCUGCGGCUGCCAAACCAGACUUGAUCUUGAAGCUGGAACGUCGGGCUGCGCCCUGGAUCAAGGACCCAAACGGGCCCAAGUGGGGGAAAGGUCGUCCUCCAGGGAAGAAGAAAAUGGUGGCCGGAAGAGAGGCAGAUGCACAGGCCUUGGCUGUAGAAUCCACAGUGCUUCCGGCCCCUUCAGUGGAGACCCGUAGUUCCCACGGUAAUCCCAGCCUUUGUGAAGUCGAAGUAGAUGGACCCAGGAAAAUCAAGAGGACUUACAGACCCCGUUCAAUCCAGAGGUCAUGGUUUGGGCAGUUCCCAUGGUUAGUAAUCGACCCCAAAGAGACCAAGCUCUUCUGUUCAGCUUGCAAAGAAAGACCUAGUCUCCACGACAAAUCAUCCCGGUUAGUCCGCGGUUACACGGGGCCUUUUAAAGUGGAGACUUUGAAAUACCACGAGGUCAGCAAAGCACACAAGCUCUGUGUCAACACCGUGGAAGUCAAGGAAGACACCCCUCAGGCUGCCCCGGUCCCAGAGAUCUCCAGUGACCUGAUGGCGAACAUGGAGCACUUUUUCAACGCCGCCUACUCCAUCGCCUAUCACUCGAGGCCCCUGAAUGACUUUGAGAAGAUCCUGCAACUCCUCCAAAGCACCGGGACCAUGAUCUUGGGCAAGUACCGCAAUCGCACCGCGUGCACACAGUUCAUCAAAUACAUCUCUGAGACUCUCAAGAAGGAGAUCCUCGAGGAUGUCCGGAGCUCCCCUUGUGUGAGCGUGUUGUUGGACAGCUCCACGGACGCCUCCGACCAGUCCUGCGUGGGGAUUUAUAUCCGCUACUUUAAGGGCAUGGAGGUGAAAGAGUCGUACAUUACUUUGGCCCCUCUCUACAGUGAGACGGUGGACGGAUACUUUGAGACCAUCAUCUCUGCCCUGGAUGAACUGGACAUCCCCUUCCGGAAGCCCGGUUGGGUGGUCGGCCUGGGAACCGAUGGCUCGACCAUGCUGAGCUGCAGAGGAGGCCUCGUGGAAAAGUUCCAGGAGGUCAUCCCCCAGCUGCUGCCUGUCCACUGCGUCGCCCACCGGCUGCACCUGGCCGUGGUCGACGCUUGUGGGGGCAUCGAUCUGGUGAAGAAGUGUGACCGACACAUUCGGACCGUCUUCAAGUUUUAUCAGUCCUCGAAUAAAAGGCUGAACGAGCUGCAGGAAGGCGCGGCUCCCCUAGAGCAGGAAAUCAUCCGCCUGAAGGACCUGAACGCCGUCAGGUGGGUGGCCAGCAAGAGGCGCACGUUGAACGCGCUCAUCGUGAGCUGGCCGGCCCUGGCAAGGCACCUCCAGGGCGUGGCAGAAGCCGGGGGCCAGAUCGGGCACAGGGCCAGAGGCAUGCUGAAGCUGAUGAAAAGCUUCCAUUUCGUCAAGUUCUGCCACUUCCUUUUGGACUUCCUGAGCAUCUACAGGCCUCUGUCCGAGGUGUGCCAGAAGGAGAUCGUGCUGAUUACGGAGGUGAACUCCACACUGGGACGGGCCUACGUGGCCCUGGAGACCCUCCGUCACCAGGCAGGGCCCAAAGAGGAAGAGUUCAACGCUGGCUUCCGGGACGGGCGGCUCCAUGGCAUCUUCUUGGACAGGAUGCAGAUGGCAGAGCAGCGGUUCCAGGCGGACAGGGAGAGAAUGAUCCUGACCGGGAUCGAGUACCUCCAGCAAAGGUUUGACACAGACCGGCCCCCGCAGCUCAAGAACAUGGAGGUGUUUGACACCAUGGCCUGGCCAAGUGGGAUUGAACUUGCCACUUUUGGGAACGAUGACAUUCUUGCCCUUGCCAGAUACUUUGAGCUCUCCCUCCCCGCAGGGUACAGCGAGGAAGCACUCCUGGAGGAGUGGCUGGGCCUGAAAGCCAUCGCCAAGAACCUCCCAUUCUCCAUGCUGUGUAAGAACGCCCUGGCCCAGCACUACCGGUUCCCCUUGCUGAGCAGGCUGGUGGCUGUGGUGGCCUGCGUUCCCGUCUCCACCUCCUGCUGUGAGCGGGGCUUCAGUGCCAUGAACCGGAUCAGGACCGACGAGAGGACCAAGCUCUCCAACGAGGUGAUCAACAUGCUUAUGAUGACGGCAGUGAACGGUGUGGCAGUCACGGAGUACGACCCCCAGCCCGCCAUCCAGCACUGGUACCUGACCUCCUCAGGCCGGCGUUUCAGCCACGUCUACACUUGUGCCCAAGCGCCACCUCGCUCCCAUGUGGGACCAGGGCUCAGGAAGGAGAAGAUGGGGGCACUCUAUGUGGAGGAGGCUGUGACCCAGAAACCGCCCGUUCCACCCUACAAGGAGCCGGUGGAGAUCCUGAAGGACUGCAUCGUGGACCCUCCUGACAGACUCCUGUACCCUCCUACCAGCCAAGAGGCCCCCAAGCUGUCUUGACGGAGAGCUCACGUUGGAGCAGGAAUCCUAGGGAUUGCCUUGGAGGCCCCCCUCCCGCCCCCUUGCUGCUGCCUUGCCCCCGGGAAUCAUGGUGACAGGCUCUCUGCAGAAUCAAGGCUGCCCUAGAGUCUUUGCUUGGGGGAGGGGGUGCUCUCCAAGCACCAGGAAGUGGGCAGCGACAAGAUAGUUAAGCCCACCUCCCAGAGAGGCAGGGUAAUCAGGAGCACAAACCUGCUUCCCAAGGCCCCUUUCUGAGCAACGGUGACCUCCUGGCACUUAAAUAUGCAGAAAGGUUCCUAGCUCAAAUUCAUUUUUAAGGUGCUUCAGGAAAUAAUCCCAUCAUGAAAGAUUCCACCCCAUGAUCUGGUAGCAAGAGGACUUCUCUGAAAUGGGAGAGAGGCUGUUGGGGCUUCCAGAAGCACCCCCCACCCCAGCAUCCCCCCUGGAUGGUUGGGGAGCGUUCUGGGGAGGCUGCCCACAGCCUCAGUGGCAUGGAGGAGGCACUGUGAAUGCAGAGGAUCACCAGGCUCUAGGGACCACCGGCCCGGCUCUGGGUCUCACCCUGGCUCUACAGCAGAAGCAGGGAAGCUUCAACUUCAGAUGGGACACUUGUACCAGAGAAUUUCUCUACCUCCUCCAGGGGCUCCCUUAGGAGGGGCAAGCCAAACCCUCUCCACAGAGCACUCCAGAGAGGUCAUCCUGGGACAAUGGAGGAAAAGUCUUUCCUGGAGGGAGUCUGCUGCUUUCCCGCGGUGGCAGCACUUAUGUUUGACCUGAGCCUGGUUUCCUGAAGAGCAGACACGUCCACGCUUUCGCUUGGGAGGCUUGGGCUCCAGCCCCAGCUGUGCCGCAGGCAGAGGUUCAACCGUAAUGAAUCCCUUCCUCUUUCCUGUGCCUCAGUUUCCCUCUCCAUGACGUGGCAGCAGAGAAUUCAAGUGCCUGCUGGCUCCUGGUCUGCCACUGGGCUGAUGAGUGACGGCGCCUCCAGCUCCCCAAAAGUCAGACCUCGGGCUGCACAGAGUGGACGUAGCUGCCUUCAGCCCUUGUCCUCGUCCCUUGCUACCGACGUCCUUCUUGCGGGAACAGAACUCCAUAAAUGUGCCAGCAGCAUGGUGGCCUAGUCCGCUCUUCCCAGUUCUCUGGGACCCAGCCUGGGAGUCACUAGGGGUGCUUGUUAAAUAUGCUCAACUCCUUACCUGCUUGAGCGGAUAUCUGGGACUGGGGCUCAGCGACGGGCAGUUUGGAUCAAGGUCCUCCAGGAACUUCAUGGGCUCACUCAAGCUUGAGAGCACUACCCUGGAGGCCCAGAAGGGUAUCUUGCACAACUGUGUUCCCACUCCCCCUCACCCCUCUCCCCUCACUCCCUGAAGCAAAGCACUUUUCCCUCCAGGGCACUUCGUUUUGGUAGGUUCCUAGGCUGCUUAUCUGCUGGGGAUGAUGUGGGGCCUGGGUCCCGCCUUCCUAACCUUCCUGGGUAGGAAACCAGGGGAGGUUAGAGGGCAGGUUUGACCCCUGCCUUUUGCUUGUUUUAGACAGGCAGGAAAUGGUGCUGCGUCCUGGCCUUGCGCCGGGGCCCCCGCCCUGUGCUGCAUGCUAAGUCGCCUGGCCCUCAGCCAGCGCUCUGUCCUCUCCCCCGUCCUGGGAGGUGCUGAGAGCCUCUGAGAUGCUGGUAUGGACUGUCGCCUUCUAACCACCACCCCCCCCCCCGCCCCGCCCCGGUUCCCAGUGUUUCUGACUCUCCCUUCCCGUCACCCACCUUUAGCACUUAGCCUUAGUGCCAUCGUCUUCCUGUUUUCUUCAGCUGCGAGCCGGGAAUUCGUUCCCACUUUCUGCCUUCUAUUAGGCUGUGGAAAUGCCUCUCUUCCAGCCCCAGGGUCAGGGGUCUGGGAUAUACCACGGGCCUUUAGAGCUACAGAUCUGGCAGUGUUACUGUCCACACCGAGAGGGAGCCCAGGCCUCCCUCCCCCACUCACAUAAGGUUCUGUGGGGAGUUCCGGACUCUGCCCUAGGCGAGGUGGUGGGGCUAUAAAUUGGUGGCGUGGAAGAGAGAAAGACCCCUUAAAAUAGGGGUCGUUGCCCCCACCCUAUCCAUAGAUCCCAAACGAGGUGACUUUCUGGCAAGCAUCCUCCCUGGGGCUCUUCCAUCCUGUAAGAAUCCUCAGAGCAUGAGGCUAGUCCCGCGAGCAGUGUUGUGUGUGUGAGCUCCACACACACAGUUCCCUGUGCAGCUCUAGGCGCUGAGGUGGAGGCCAGGUAGGGAAGCAUCCAGCCUCCACAUCCAUGUACUGAGGAAGCCUCCAAUACCAGCUUUUGAGAAAGUUGGGCCCCUUGGAGUGGGUGAUGGAAAAUGCUUUUUUUUUUUUUUUUUUUUUUUGCAGCGAUUUGCACUGUCCACAUUUCUUGAGAGGCACAGGCAGGCUAGCUAAUGGCACAGAGGCCUACCGACGUUUUUGUGCAGGACUCCAGGGCUGACACGUGGUGAACACCUUUGCUGGAGACUAUUACCCAGCCUGACCUCUUUGGUUUUGUUUCAAGGCACUUGCUGCAUUUCAAAUCCAGGGCCUGGAGACACCCUUGUUGGAGAGGCUUCCUAUUUUUGCCUCACAAGAAAACAAGCCGAAGAGAAGGAGCAAGAGUCCUAGCCACGCCUCCACCCUCCUGCACCAGCAACAGGCGCAGAUCCUGGCAUCCUCCCACCCCUGAUGCCCAGAGGGUCUGACGUUCUGAGUAACCGGCAUUAUAACUGAUAGUUUGAUUUCAGUAGCCAUAGAGACCAGAUGGGAGGGAAUUCAGCCCCCUGCCCUCGCCAGACACCUAAGACAGUGUAACCUACCCCAGACCUUUUGGUUCUUCCUCAAGCCUACGUUGGGUUCCUGGGGCGCUAAGUAUUUAGCAAGGCAGCGUGAAGAUUGGCCGAUUCCCUCAUGCAGGUGCCCGUCAGCCAAGGAUACUCAGGGCGAUCGGCAGCCUCUUCUGGCUUCAGAGACGUGCAAAUGAGGUUUAAAAACCCCACGUUGGAUUCGCAACUUUUUGCUCCCUGAAUAAAGCCGUUUGUUUCGACCCA